CAGAUAGCUUGCAUUGGCUUUGAUAUGUAGCGAGUUGUAGAAUACUAGUCGUGACGGCAUGCGGAAGCGCCGGGAUAGUAUACCUACCUCCCUGAGUAUGUCGUAUUGAAUGUACAUGGUACAGUUUAUUGUCCGAGCCACUUUCAAGAUCGGACUGUGUCGAGGCAAUAUUCUUCGUACUGUUCAACAAGAGUGUGUGAUACAAAGAGGAUGGAGGGGCCCGGACAUCGCGAUGGUGUAUUUAUUCAGGCGUACCCAUCUUUCUCUCAAUCAUCAUCAAACAAAUAUAGCGGCUGUUUGCGCAUCGCAUCAAUAGUUUGUCCCAAAAAGUAGCGGCUUUCCCUCUCGAAUCCAACUUGUGUUUUUGAACAUGGCUCAACAAGAAGCAUCUGCUACAGAUGCUACUUUUCCAUGGAGCAAGUCUAAUCUUCCCAAACAGCUAUUCAUCAACAACGAGUUUGUCGCUGCGAAGAGCACAAAAACGUUGGAAGUAUAUAAUCCGAAAGAUGGGUCACUCUUAGCCAAUGAUGUAGCUCUCGCAGGUGAGCAAGAUGUUGAUGCUGCUGUAGCUGCAGCCGAAGCAGCCUUUCCCGCAUGGAAAAAGACCCCAGGAAUGGUCAAGCGAGGCCUCCUAUUGAAGCUCGCUGACUUGAUUGAUCAAUACACUUCCGAUCUUGCCGAAUUGUCACGGAUAAGUAUGGGUGCCCCCUUUUCGACUAUCGGGGCGCUGGAAACUGGGGGAAGCGCUCAAACGUUCCGAUAUUUCGCGGGAUGGUGCGACAAGUUCGCGGGGGAAACCUAUCCUCAAGACGAUGGUUUCCUGAAGAUCGUACAGAAUGAGCCCUUGGGCGUCACUGCGGGUAUUACUCCGUGGAAUGGCCCAACAGCUGUUGCCGCUUUUAAAGCCGCUCCAGCGCUUGCUACCGGCAAUUGCUUCAUUCUCAAGCCAUCAGAGAAGACGCCAUUCAGCUCACUGGCACUUGCAACCCUUGUCAAAGAAGCGGGCUUCCCGCCGGGCGUGUUCCAGGUGCUUACGGGCGAUGGAACAACCGGAGCUCUCCUUGCAAGCCAUAUGAAGGUGCGCAAGAUCAGUUUCACCGGGUCCACGGCGACUGGUCGGAAGAUACAGGAAAUGGCAGCGAAGAGCAACCUGAAGCGGGUUACUCUGGAGCUUGGCGGCAAGAGUCCCGCUGUCGUGUUCGAUGAUGCGAACCUUGAGAACGCUAUCAGCUGGUGUGUCAGGGCCAUCUGUCUUAACACCGGCCAGGUGUGCGUUGCGGCAUCGCGGGUGUACGUCCAAGAAGGCAUCUACGACAAGUUCUUGGAAGGGUAUAAAAAGGCAAUGGAGGAACAAGGUAAGGCUAUUGGUGACCCGGACGCAGCCGAGACUCAAAUGGGUCCGAUAGUAGAUAAGUUGCAGUUCGACAGAGUUUCAGGCUUCUUAGAAAGGGGCCGGAGCCAAGGUACACUGCUGACUGGCGGCUCGCGAGUUGGCGACCAGGGCUACUUUGUUCAGCCUACUGUCUUUACUGACGUUCCGGAGGAUGCCGAGAUUUGCAAGAAGGAGAUCUUCGGUCCCGUUUCGAUCCUCAACAAAUUCAAAACGGAGGAAGAAAUUAUUGCCAAAGCUAACGAUACUAAUUAUGGACUCAUGGCCGGUGUAUUCACACAAGAUAUCAACAGGGCGAUGAGAAUUUCUUCCGAAUUAGACAGCGGUAUGGUCGGCGUAAACUGCAUGAGCCUGGCUUUUGUGAACGCGCCCUUCGGAGGUACCAAGGAAAGUGGUACGGGUCGUGAGAACGGAAUCCAUGUACUGCGGACAUAUACGGAGCCGAAGACGAUCAUGGUCAACUUAACGUAUUAAGGGGCUUGGGGACAGGGUAGCGCUGGAAAAGGCCAACCGGAAGCGAAAACGGCUAGAAUGACUCCGUUCAAUCUGUAUGAGGAAAAGCAUAUGGCUGAACCAUCCUCUGCGAUGAGUGAGCUAGGAGAAGAAUCUGUAUUUUUUGGCCGGGGUCUCACUUACUUUGAUAAGGUCUCAGGCAAGGGCUUGGAUUUGACAUGAUAUCGUAACAGUAACUUUUUAUCAAGCUCAGUACGGAAUCUCAUUAGGCUAGAAUAGGUUCAUGUCUACUAAGUAUACAGUCUACUGCUCUUCGGAACUUCUUUGUUGUCUGUCUAUCUGUGUGUAGCCUCACGCGGAGCUCUUCUCGUACAUAGUACUGGAUAUCACCAAACCCUUCUCCAGCGCGUUUAGCGCGUUCGGCGCUUUCAGCAUCUACAGCCCUCCGUACGAUACCCACAUGGCUGUUCUUGGCUCUCGGCGCAACAAAGGUAUGAGACGACUCUACAUCGUCCUUCAUACUCAAUAAGACAACAUGUAGCAAUUAUGAGUGUGAAUUCUUGCCGUUAUUAUGCAGCUUCCUUGUUGGCGAGUAGCAAGCAACUUCCUUCGUGAGAUCACCAAAGCAACCUAUCAGCAAACCCCAGCAAGUAACUAAAUAUUCCCCGACCAGCAUAUCUAUCUGAUUGUUCCUCGGCGACGUAUUUACCCAGUAUAUAAACCAUUCGGCAGCCGAUGAGAAAUUGGCAACAUUGAAC